AUGCUGAAGGUUGACUUGGUCUUUCACUUGGCGUUCAUGACGACACCUUUGGUGGCAGCUGCUUCCCACGGCCACGUGGAGGUGGUGAAACUCCUCCUGGCUGCCAGGGCUGAUCCGCAUCUCCACUGGGAAGGCACCCGUGUUGCGUUGGAACUUCAGCGGCCAAGCCUGAUGACACCCUGGGGCUUCAAGUGGGACCAACGCUUCGGCGCGCGCCGUGUUCUGGAAGCAUUGCUUGAAAAAAGCCCUGCUUCAGAAUGGAACCAACGGAUGAUGGAGAAUCGGGAAGAUUUCCUGCAAGCGGGUGACGAGCUGAUCGUGAUCAACGAUCAUGAUGCCAGGAGCGGAAACUUCUUUGCCUUCCGAGAACUUCUGGACAUCAGUCUUUGUUUUCAACGAGUGCGUACAUCUUCUGCCACUGCCUUGGAGAGGGCUGCAGUAAAGGGGCAUCAAGAGGUUUGCGAUGCACUUCUUACUGCAGGGGUCGAUGCCACAACGAGGAUCGCCAUGCGACUCUCGCCUGUGGAAAUCUUUGCCAAGAACCGCCAGGUGGUGCUAGAGCUGAAGGCUGGUGAAGUGCUAGUGCUGGCUUUCCUGGUGUGCCUGGAGGAAUCGUGGGAGGCCCUGAGAGCAGAGGUGCAAAACCGCUUGGGCGUGGCACGUGCCAGCUUCUUGACUGGCUUGGCCCAGAAUAUCUGA